AUGAAAGACCAAACUUUUAAUACAGUAGAGCGGGCAAAAAAUCUUUCCAAGCUAGAACAAUCUGACAUGAAGCGUAAUUUCUCAAAUUUUGAGGAGAGAAAGGUGAUACCAAGGAUCAACCACUUUUCUCCUGAAGAGAGGAAAUAAAAUAUUUCUAAGUCCUGUUAAUACAAGCUAUUUUCCAAUUAAUACUAGUAGUUACAGUAAGAUUGGGACAAGCUUUUCAGACAGAAGAAUACAAAAGCAAAGAAUAAAUCCGGCUACUGUAAUCCAGAAAGCACUAAGAAAGCUGAAAUUAAAGCGUAAAGGGAUGGAACAAUUAUUUUCACCCCUCCGGACUAUGGAGAAGUCUCAAUAUAAUAGAAUUAAAAAGAUUUUAUCAGGCAGCAUUCCUAAAAGAAAGAAAAAGCUGCGCCAAUUGAUGAACAAUUCAAAUAUUUCUGGCCUGGUCAAUAAUAAAACUCUGAAGUGUGCGAUGUUUCAAGGGAGGAAUUUUAAAAUGUUUCAAAACAAACUUAAUAAAAAUAAAAAGUUUCAAGUUUGCAGAAGAGGACUCAAAAGUCCUCAACCAACUGCCUCACAAAAAUUGAACUUGACUGAUAUACAUAAAGUUAAGAAAAUAAGAACUAAAUUCAAGAAAAAUAUUGCUCCUUCUAUUGCCAAAGAUGAGUCUCCAACGAAAAGGAUGGAGGCCAAAGAUAGGAAGAUCAUAGUAUCUGGUCUCAUUAAACAAAACACUCUUAAAUUCAAGGCUCUUGCGAAUAAAACCCUCAAAACGCUCCAAAACCCUAGAAAAGCAAGCGAAAUCUCAAAUUUUCCCCGACCCCACACCUUUGAUAUUGAUGAAGAGAGCCCGACCAAGAAACCUACUUUGGAAGUUCAGCCUAAAAAGUCUGGCUAUUUAGAUCCCAGUGAGCCAGUAGGAAUCAGAGCGAUUACUGUUGGGAAAUUAGGUGACAGUGGUAGGCAAAAGCAUGGACUUAAGAACAAAUAUAUUAUGAAACAGUACGAAAAAGCGAAGGAGGAAGAUAGGAACGAGACUGAGAGCUCGAUGAGCGUAAAGAGUAAAGACCAGAAUAAGACUAUGACUUUGAGAGAUGCGAGGAAAGGAUCGAGUUUUUUGUUUUUAAAAGCAAGGCAAGAGGGUUAGGAUUAAGGAUAUUUGGGAUUAUAGAAGCCUUCUUGUCUUACAUAUUG